AACUCCUCCUUCCUUUUUCAGUGACAGGCGGCGGCAACGCAUUUUUCCCAACACAAUCCGCGGGUACGAAGCUGCAACAUCCCCCGGGUGACUGAACUGUGAGGUGGGUGAACUGUCUUGCCCAAGGACACAGCAACAGGAAGUAGAGAGAAAGCCACAGAAACCCAUGGGAGGGAUUUGAACCCACGACCUCAUUUCUGAAAGAGUGUUGGAGGUAUCUGUAAUUGUGGAGCUCCAUCUCUGGGGAAAGCCGGCCGGUUCUUCCAUCGAGCUGUCCCCGAAUCAGUGUUCCGAAUCGGGUUUGGAGAGAACGACUGACCCCAUGUUGCUCCUUCUACUUCCUCUCCAGUUUUAACAAUGUGAAGAGGAGUCGGAAGAGCCAUGUCAUCUGCUGUUAUGAAGAUGGGAUUAACUAUACAUUGAAGCAAGCACAUUCAGUUACAAUGGUCCUUUUUCUGGUGGCGGCCACAAUAACAUCCAAUAACUCCAGCAAUGGAAACAAUACACAAGGACAGACCGCCUCCACGAGCCCUCACAUCCUCCCCACGGUCCUGGUGCUGUCUCUGCUGCUGCUCAUCAUCGCUCUGCUCGCCUGGUACUGCCUCAGGUUAAAAAACCAGAGGAAAGCAGUCGUCACAACAGUUGACAAAAAGAUCCCAAAUGGCAUAUUGGAAGAACAAGAUUUGGGAUACAGUACUGAGUCCCUUUGCACCAGUUUACCCCCAGAGCAGCAGACCGUCGUCCUCCUGCCUCGAUCUCCUUCAGCCUCCAAGACUUACUUCCCAAUCCCGCUGGACCACCUGGAGGAGGAAUAUCGGAUACGAUCUGCCGAUGAUGGAAAGCUCUUCAGGGAGGAGUACAAUUCUUUACCGGGCGGACAUGUCCAGGGCACAUAUGAAGAGGCCAACAGAGAAGACAACAAGGAGAAGAACAGAUACCCCAACAUCCUCCCAUACGAUCAUUCCAGAGUGGUGUUGACUCAGCUGGAGGGAGUUCCCACUUCAGACUACAUCAACGCUUCCUAUAUCGACGGUUUUACGGAAAAGAACAAAUUCAUAGCAGCACAAGGUCCGAAAGAAGACACAGUGGCAGAUUUCUGGCGAAUGAUUUGGGAACAGAAAGUAGCGACAGUUGUCAUGUUGACAAAUCUGAAAGAGAGAAAAGAGGACAAAUGUUACCAGUACUGGCCGGACCAGGGCUGCUGGACGUACGGAAACAUCCGAGUGGCAGUGGAAGACUUCACCAUCCUCGUGGACUACACCAUCCGCAAGUUCUGUGUACAAAAUCAGGCUUCAGACACGGGUAAAAGCGCCCGUCUGGUCACUCAGCUCCACUUCACCAGUUGGCCAGAUUUCGGAGUUCCCUUUUCUCCGAUCGGAAUGCUCAAAUUCCUGAAGAAAGUCAAGUCCGUCAACCCUCCCUUCUCCGGGCCCAUCGUCGUGCACUGCAGCGCUGGAGUGGGGAGGACGGGGACUUUCAUCGUGAUUGACGGGAUGAUCGACAUGAUGCACUCGGAGCAGAAGGUGGACGUGUUUGGGUUUGUGUCCAAGAUCAGGGAACAGCGCUCUCAGCUCAUUCAGACAGAUAUGCAGUAUUCAUUCAUAUACCAGGCGCUCCUUGAAUACUACCUCUAUGGAGACACAGAGCUGGACGUGUCGUCUUUAGAAGGACAUUUACACAAACUGCACAACACGUACACAGACGGAGACCGGGUCGGGCUGGAGGAGGAGUUCAAGAAACUGACCAACAUGCGAAUAAUGAAGGAGAACAUGAGAACAGGGAACCUUCCAGCCAACAUGAAGAAAAACAGAGUGCUGCAAAUCAUCCCAUACGACUUCAACCGAGUCAUUCUGUCCAUGAGGAGGGGUCAAGAGUUCACCGACUACAUCAACGCCUCAUUCAUAGAUGGUUACAGGCAGAAGGACUACUUCAUAGCGACUCAGGGCCCUCUGCCGCACACAGUCGAGGACUUCUGGAGGAUGGUCUGGGAGUGGAAGUGUCACUCUAUUGUAAUGCUCACAGAACUCCAGGAGAGGGAGCAGGAUAAGUGUUGUCAGUACUGGCCCACAGAGGAGGCUGUUUCUUACGGGGACUUCAGAGUGGAGCUGAAGGCUGAUACUCUGUGUGAUACUUUCAGCCUCAGAGACCUGGUACUCUCCUACGUGCCGGAGAAGCAGACCCGCCUGAUCCGUCACUUCCAUUUCCACGGUUGGCCUGAGAUCGGGAUCCCGGCCGAGGGCAAAGGAAUGAUCGACAUCAUCGCCGCUGUACAGAAGCAGCAGCAGCAGUCCGGAAACCACCCCAUCGUCGUACACUGCAGCGCUGGUGCAGGGAGGACAGGUACUUUCAUUGCUCUCAGUAACAUCCUGGAGAGGGUCAAAGCCGAGGGACUGCUGGACGUGUUUCAGACCGUCAAGAGUUUACGUAUGCAGAGGCCUCACAUGGUCCAGACUGUGGAACAGUACGACUUCUGCUACAAGGUGGUACAAGACUUUGUGGACAUUUUCUCAGACUAUGCCAAUUUUAAAUGACGAAAUUUGCCUUAAAAACAUAAUUUGUAAUGUUAUUUUCUAAAAGCUGUUUUUGUGUUUCUUUAACUGGUCUAAAUGAUCUUCUAUUUUGCUAUGCACUUGUCCUUCUCCUGGUCACUAAACCGCCCCUCCCUGCUGUACUAUAGUGUAUGUUAGUGGAAACAACUUGUACAUUGAAAAAGUCUAUGUAUAUUUCACAUUAUGUAUGAUAAUUUGACCCAUUUUGUCCCAUUGUAUAGUAUGUAUUUUAAUGUUCAUUGCAUUGAUAAUUAUUUUAAGACUUGUAGUUAUUGUAAAUGUAUUUAUGUUCCAAUUUUGACAGGAAUGUAUGGAUUGUUACCUUGUUUUUUCAAUGUAAUAACAACUUGCUUUUUAUCGAAUUUGAGCUAAAAAUCGACAAAGUUUAACAUUGAGCUAUGAAACAAUUUGUGAAUGUGAUAGUUUCUCUCACCGAAGCCAUAUUCGACAGACAGGCAGGAGUUUUCUUAAGAGUCGUAGUUUUUGGGAUUUUAAGUGCAGUUGUGUGGGGCACUGGUCAAAGCAACAUUUUAGAUUUAAAAAGUGGUUCUGGAUCGAUGUUAAGAGCACUUAGUUAAAGGUAAUCGCACGCAGCAACAUGGAUUCUAGUGAUAUUUGUGAGCUGACAGGUGGUGGGCCGACCAACCACGUCUCAACCCAAACGACCAAAACAAAAACAAAAAUUCAGACAAAUUCAGCCAAAAUACAGAUUAUUUUGUUGUGAAAAACAUGCAGAAGGAAGAGCUUUGUGCAUUUGUGGACAGGGGGAGAUAGAUGUCUGUGCUUUUCUCUCUUUCUUUCUUGAUUUUUGGCUUGUCCCGUUUUUGUGACGCUUCCAUCAAUCAAAUUCGAACAUUCAUCUUGACGUUCCAGUUUUUCCGAUUGUUUUCAGCCGUUCCAGAUCGAUAAUGUGUAGAACUAGAAUUCAGAGUGACACACAGGUCAGUCUUGCAAUUAAAGGAGCACUAUGUAACUUUUCUGGCGAAGGGUCUGCCACCUGCUUGUUUCCAUGGUAAUUUUAGUGCCUGGCUGUGAAUGUUCCACAGUAUGGCAGUAUCUCUUUACAUGGAAACAACCAGGUGGCACCACUGUGUUAUUUUAAAGGUAAGUUAAAGUUUAAUCAGGUCAAUCACUUCAAGAAUCAUGCAUUGGAAACUUGCUUUUUGGCGCCACCUAGUGCCUCUGCUUAAUUUCAUUUCUCUCCAGCAAAUAGGUCAGGAAUUAGAAUAACCCUGGAAGUUGUAGACCGCGCACCGACCAAUCAGUGAGGAGCUGUGAAGCCAUGACAUCAAACUGAAGCGUCUGUCUGGGUCCCUUUUGUGGUACAACACGACAGUUAACGAAGCGAUCGAGAUGGACGUAGACGAAGACAAACAUUCUGUGUCGGCAACGAUUCCCGAGAUCGAGGAUUUAAAGCCGAAACAAAGAGAAUGUUUGGUGAAUUUUAUCAAGGGGAAAGACAUUAUUGCCCUUCUUCCCGCGCGAUUUGAUACAUUACAUACGUCACGACCAAAUAGCAGCGAUUCGUUAAAUUAAAAAAGUACCCGCCUACAGUCGAGCGAAUGAAUCCUAAUGCUGCGAGGUUAGACGGUUUCCACGACGUGAAACCGACUGAUGAAUCAGGCUAUUAGUACAGCAGCUGUUUAGUGUCUGCGAUGCCUUUGAACUCUUAAUAUCUGAAUGGGAAAAAUUCAUGAAAAACGUACUUCUGGAACCAGAGUGAACUUCGAAGUUGAGCUCCAUAGAGUUCUGUUAUGUUAAUUUCAACCAAGCCAUAUGCUGUCUGUUGAUCAGGCAGAUUUGGUAGAUCAAGAAAUACAAAAUGAAAGCUACAGUGACGUCUUCCUCCACAUAUACUGUUAAGACUAGUGCCCCAGUCAAAACAACUUCAAAAUCCUGAACUAGUAAAGGUUCUAUAUUACGCUAUUUUCUGAUCUAUGUUAUAAUGUUGUUUGCUGAUGAAAAACAUACACGAGGUUUUGUUUGUUUUGUUUCAUUCACACAUGUUUAACACACAAACCCUGCAUAUUUAGACUGAGUUCUGCUCUCAAACAGAAAACACGUCGUUGCACUUUGCGACGUCACGUUGCUCCACUGUGUUUUAAACUUCAUUCACCUUCACUUAGAAUCAUUUGGAUAAUUUUUGCUCUUGAAUUUCCACUCUCUACUAAACAAAAAGUAGCUGUUAACUUGAAAACUACCGCUUCACGACUGGAAAAAACGUGACAUCACAAGGGGGAACGGAGCAUUUUGAGCUUUGGAGAUGUAAACAGACUCGCGUGAAUGAAACAAAACACGACUCCAGGUGUAUUUUUGAUGAGCUACAACAUUAUAACAUGUUUUAAAGUUUGCAUUCGUCAUUUUUGCGUAAUAUAGGACCUUUAAGAAUUGUAUUUUAGGCAGUUUGCAGCAUCACUGGACUCGAACAGGAAAACUUAAAACACAUAUCUAUGAACUAACUUGCUGUAACGUGCUUCAUAUCAACUCUUCUUUAGCUAAACUUUUCUAAAUUAGUGCCGUUUUCUUUCAUUGGACUUGAUAUAAUGAGCGUAAGUUGAAAUAUUUACAAUGUGAACACAGAUCGAUGCAGUAAAACAGGUCAGAGUCAAAUGUAUUGUAUAAUAUAAGACCACAGCCCACAGUGGUGCUUCAGUGCCUGCCUAUGCCAAAAGCACAUAUUCUCUCAUCAGCAGAAAUAAUAAAGACUUGUUUUGGCUAAUUAUAAACUAAAUGUGUUGAAUUUUUAAUUGUUGAUUUAUUGUAGUUGCCUUUCUUUGGGGCUUGGCUGGGGGAUUUACGCUAAUAAUUCUACAUUUUAAAGGUUUGGUACUAUAUAUAUAUUAAAAAAAAUGUCCUUAGCCCUUUUAUAUUGUAUGACUGAAAAUAAUGUAUUAAUGGUGGAUUAUGUAACUUUUCUAACUGAAGGUCAGGGUUAUGUUUGAGGAGAUGAGGAGAUGUUGUUACUUUGCCUGGAAUGUUCCACAAUAUGUAAUUAAACUGGAAUAUCUGA